AUUGGUCACUAGUUUCUAACCUUUAAAAAAUAAAUUAGAAACCAAUCAGAUAGUUUCUCUAAGUACUGUUGCAUUCUCCUUCAUUAUCUAUAGACUGAUGUACAAAUCAUCUUUCAACAUGUUUUGUUUCUUCUUCUCCAUUUUUGCUGAUUAAUUACGAACACAUACAUUACUCAAACAUGUCCAUUUUUUACUGAUUAGAUCAUUCCUGGCGAAAAGGAGAAUCAGAUUUUCUACUACUCAAAUUUUUUUUCCCUGGAAAACAUUAAUUACAACAUUCAAAAGUUUCCUUAGUAAUAUUUGACUAGACUACACUGUUUGCUACUUUACUUUUGCUUUUUACUCGACAAAAAAAAGAAGAAGAAAUUGUGUUUCUCCAAUAAAAAAAUAAAGAGCCAUUCAUCAUAAUAAUCAAUUACGUCGUCCUUUUGGUACACCGCAUUUACUUCAUAUUACUACACUGCGCCUGUAACGCUGCUAAAUCUCUGCAGCUUUGAUGGGUCUAUUAUAGGCAAUCCUUAAGUUUUCAGAUAUCCACGCUUUUCUUUUUCUUUUUUGUCAACAAAUAUACACGCUUAACCUGCAGACUUUUCGAUACAAGGGUUUAAAAGGCAGAGGAACAUAAAAAAGAGUGCAAAGAUGUUUACUUGCAUAAAUUGUACAAAGAUGGCAGACAGAGGUGAGGAUGAAGAAGACGAAGCGCGUGGGAGCACCACUCCCAACACUAAAGAAGCCGUUAAAAGCCUAACUACACAGAUCAAAGACAUGGCGUCGAAAUUCUCAGGUACUCAUAAACAAAGCAAGCCAACUCCGGGCUCUUCGAGCAGCAACUUGAGGAAGUUCCCGGAUUUUGACACUGCAUCAGAAAGUGUUCCAUACCCUUAUCCGGGUGGAAGCACGAGUUCCACUCCGGCUUGGGACUUACCAAGAUCCUCAUACCAUCAAUCUGGACGGCCAGACUCAAGAUUUCCAUCAAUGUAUGGCGGUGAACGUGAAUCCAUCUCUGCUCAGUCGUGUGAUGUGGUACUAGAAGAUGACGAGCCAAAGGAGUGGAUGGCUCAAGUAGAGCCCGGUGUUCAUAUCACAUUCGUCUCACUUCCCACUGGAGGAAAUGAUCUUAAACGGAUACGUUUCAGCCGGGAAGUUUUCGACAAGUGGCAGGCUCAAAGAUGGUGGGGUGAGAACUACGACAGAAUCGUUGAGCUUUACAAUGUUCAAAGAUUUAACCGACAAGCUCUUCAAACUCCUGGUAGAUCCGAGGACCAGUCGCAGAGAGAUUCAACUCACACAAGAAUUGAUUCAGCAAGAGAAAGCAGAGACUGGACACAAAGAGACAACAACUUCAGACCACCAGGAGGCAGUGUCCCACAUCACUUUUAUGGACCUCCAAUGGACGCAGCAAGAAUCACCACCUCAUCGAGGGACGAUCCGCCUUCCAUGAGUAAUGCUAGUGAAAUGCAAGCUGAGUGGGUUGAAGAGGACGAGCCUGGUGUCUACAUUACCAUCAGACAGUUACCAGAUGGAACUAGAGAACUACGCCGCGUCAGGUUCAGUCGGGAACGGUUUGGGGAAGUGCAUGCCAAGACAUGGUGGGAGCAGAACAGAGAUAGAAUACAAACCCAAUAUCUCUAAGAGGACAAAAAAGAGACCAUUAUUUAAUCUUCUUUAACACAACAAAGGUAUACACAAAAAAUCAGAAUUUUGUUAAAUUUGGAAGAAAAUCAGAAUGUGAUAUGAACACAAAAUGAAAAAUUUGAUUUUUUAGAGAUUUGUAGUUAGCUAGUUCUCGGCGUUUUGAUAGCUAUGUAAUUUUCCCGACGAUGAGAUGAGCUUUAUGCCUUCAUUUAUUGGUUCAUUUUAUU